UGUCAUCAAAAACUAGCAGACCUUUUAGCAAAACACUGCAAAGAAUUAAGUAACCUUUGUCCACUCCAGAGUGUCAGAAACACCCCCACCCUCCGUGCGCGCACGCUGCACCUUGUUGGCGGUUGUGUCUCGCCCAUGCUGCUCCCCGUGUCACAGGAGACGUUGCUGUGUUUUCCAGCGUUGCAUUAGCUUUACAACUUUCAAAUCCAUCGGGCUGGAUGUCUCUUUUGCUAUUUUUCUUUGGUGACCACAGGAGUUCGCAGAUUUCCUUCUCCACUCAGAGUCAGCUCCAUCAACAAGUUUGGACUUGUCUUCGCCGUUUGAACACCGGCCUUGUUUUGCUCGUUAAUUCUAUAGAAGAAUGUCAUCUCUGCCGGGAACUGUACCCCGAAUGAUGCGACCGGCGCCUGGACAAAACUACCCCCGUACUGGAUUUCCACUGGAAGUGUCAACCCCACUGGGUCAAGGUCGGGUGAACCAGCUCGGCGGCGUGUUCAUCAAUGGCAGGCCACUGCCAAACCAUAUCCGCCACAAGAUAGUGGAGAUGGCCCACCACGGCAUCCGACCCUGCGUCAUAUCCCGACAGCUCCGCGUUUCCCACGGUUGUGUAUCCAAAAUCCUCUGCCGGUACCAGGAGACCGGCUCCAUCCGCCCUGGUGCAAUAGGAGGGAGUAAACCCAGGCAGGUGGCAACGCCUGACGUGGAGAAACGAAUCGAGGAGUACAAGCGCGAAAACCCCGGCAUGUUCAGCUGGGAGAUCCGAGAUAAGCUGCUGAAGGAUGGGGUGUGUGACCGAAGCACCGUACCUUCAGGUGAGGCUUCAUCUGUGAGCUCCAUUAGUCGAGUGCUGAGAGCUCGAUUUGGAAAGAAGGAUGAUGAAGAUGAAUGCGACAAAAAAGAUGACGGAGAGAAAAAGACUAAACACAGCAUCGAUGGCAUACUUGGUGAUAAAGUUGGGCGUAUUGACGAGGGCUCAGAUGUGGACUCUGAGCCAGACCUGCCCCUGAAGCGUAAGCAGCGCCGCAGCCGGACCACCUUCACGGCCGAGCAGCUGGAGGAGCUGGAGAAGGCCUUUGAGCGCACACACUACCCCGACAUCUACACCCGCGAGGAGCUCGCCCAAAGGACCAAACUCACAGAAGCACGCGUCCAGGUGUGGUUUAGCAAUCGACGAGCCAGGUGGCGCAAGCAGGCAGGAGCCAAUCAGCUGGCUGCCUUUAACCACCUGUUACCUGGAGGCUUCCCGCCCACCGGAAUGCCCACGCUGCCAACGUACCAGCUUCCAGAGUCCUCGUACGGCACCCCUACGCUAGCACAAGAUGGCACAGGUACAGUGCACCGGCCGCAGCCCCUGCCCCCAUCCACCAUGCACCAGGGCGGCUUGUCAGGCGACGGCAGCUCCGCCUACGGCCUCUCGUCAGCCAAUCGGCACGGUUUCUCCAGCUACUCGGACACCUUCAUGAGCCCCACCGCCUCCAGCCAACACAUGAACCCUGUCAGCAACGGCCUCUCGCCACAGGUGAUGAGCAUCCUGAGCAACCCCAGCGGCGUGGCGCCUCCGCAGGCCCAGCACGACUUCUCCAUCUCCCCGCUGCACGGCGGCCUGGACUCCUCCAACGUGUCGGCCAUCUCGGCCAGCUGCAGCCAGCGCUCCGAGCCAAUCAAGACGGCGGACAGCCUGGCCGCCGCCUCCUCCCAGUCCUACUGCCCGCCCACCUACAGCGCCAGCAGCUACAGCGUCGACCCCGUCGCCGCCGGUUACCAGUACAGCCAGUACGGACAGAGUGAGUACCGAAUGUACAGACCCGGUGUCUGUGCAGUAGGGUCACCACAGGCUACCAGUGCAGGCUGCCAGUACGGACAGACUGCAGUGGACUAUCUGGCCAAGAACGUGAGCUUGUCCACGCAGAGGAGGAUGAAGCUGGGGGACCACUCGGCCGUGCUGGGCCUGCUGCAGGUGGAGACGGGACAGGCCUACUGAUGCCCUCCCCUCAAUCUCCAUCUACGUCUCCGUCUCCAUCUCUAUCUCCGUCUCCUCGUCCUUGCCCUCGCCCUCCUCUUCCUCUUCUUCCUCUUCCUCAAACUCCAACCACUAAAUGGACAAGAACGUUCUCUGCUCUUUUUUUUCUCCACUUCGCUUUUUUUCGGACACACACCUACGCACGCACAGAUGCGAGCAUGAACACACAUGCGAGUACGAGCACACACACACCACACACACCACACACACACACACACACACACACAGAAAGAGACACUCACCUUGCCCCUUGCCAAACCACAUUCCUUCCACCUCUCACCAGCAAUCAGCCAUGUUGUUUUGCUUGUGUUUUUUUUUCCUUCACUUUUUUGCGCUUCAUUUUUGUUUUGUUUUUAUUGUUGUUGUUGUUGCUCGCACACCGUGUGUGCUCGUAUUCAACGCCAGCAGGCAGGCAGGACCCCAACCGUAGUCAGAGCCUGGUGGUGGAUGGGGUACGGUGGAGCUUGUCAUGGUGCUUUGGGGAGCUUGUAGGUCAGACUCAAGUGACUCUGUACAGAGCAAACGUUACGUACACACCAUAGCACCAGAGAGACACAAAUGCAAGUCAAAGCCAUUUCAGACUGGGACUCGCUAUGUAGCCGUAUAGCAUCAUUCCUUAACACACACCACACCGCCAG